AUGGUACGAAUGAACGCUUGUGAAUAUAAUGAAAAAUCAUGCAUUCAAUUAUCACCGUUUUUUCAUCAAGUGGGUGGUCAUUCAUCAAUGUUUCAAUAUGAUAAAAAUACUGUUUGUAAAGUUCUUGAAUUAUCUGAAUUAGAUUUUUAUCAAUCAAUGCCUGAAUCAUUGAAAAAAUUUGCGCCAGAAUUUCGAGGCACUAUAACAGUACAAUAUUGUGAAGAUAAAUUAGGUUUUAUUAAACUUGUUGCAUAUCCACAAACAGCUUGUACAGAUGAUGAUCAUUCAUUAAAUGAAGAUGAUACUUCAGCAACAACUGAUCAACAAUCAACGGAUAAUAAUUCAAAAAAAUCAGUAGAAUUACGUUGUUCGGAAGAUGGAUGUAUUGAUUAUUCAAAUAGUUUAGGUACUGAUGUUGUUAAUUACGAACAAGGAAAAAUAAUUAUGUCAAAAAUAAAUCCUUGGAGUUUACAAUUAUGUAAAAAGCAAGCUGAAAAAAUACAUCGACAAUUAAUUGGCGAUGAAAAUGUUACUGUUCCACAAAAAUAUAUUCUACUAGAAAAUGUUACAGCUCGAUUUCGUUAUCCAUGUAUACUCGAUUUAAAAAUGGGUAUAAGACAAUAUGCUGAUAUUGAUUCUGAUAAAAAACGUCAAUCAAAAAUUCAAAAAUGUGAAACAUCAACGUCAUCAACAUUAGGUGUACGUUUAUGUGGCAUGCAGGUUUAUCAAGUUGAUAGUGGUCGAUAUAUGUUUACAGAUAAAUAUCGAGGUCGAAUAUUAACUAUUGAUGGUUUUCGUUCAGCAUUAGUACAAUUUUUUGAUAAUGGUCGAACAAAACGUCUUGAUGUUUUACCUGGAAUAAUUGAAAGACUUGAAUCAUUAUAUGAAACAAUAAGUUCCUUAGCAAAAUAUCGUUUUUAUAGUGGAAGUCUUUUAAUUGUUUAUGAUGGUUUACCACAAUCAAACCUUAUUGAUGUACGCAUGAUUGAUUUUGCCCAUUCAAUAUAUGCUCCAAUGACUGAUGAAACAUCAGCAUCAAAUAAUCAUAUUGGUCCUGAUAAAGGUUAUUUAUUUGGACUUGAACGUCUCAUAGUUGUAUUGAAAGACAUAUUAAAUGAAGAAAAAAAAUCAUUGGCAACAAUAAAUAUUGAUAAUUGA